AUUGUAGUUAGACAACAAACAUAUACGUAAACGUGCACUUUGAGUGUGGGAGUGACGUCACGGACGCCAAGUUAGCCUAUGCUUGUUGCUAUUGUUUACUAUCAAAUAAAUUAAAAAACGUAUACAAUAAGAAGAAGUGUAUUAUGAAAAGUUAAAGCUUAACCUAGUACAUCACAUAAAACGUUAUUAGUGUUCUAGUGCAGUGUAUUAUAUAAAAAACUUAAAACUAUUUACAACUAAACUUAAAACUAUUUUAUAUCUACCCUAAACAUAAAAAUAUAAACAUUUAUCGGUGCACAUUCUCCUAAACAAACUGCUGAAGUGAUACCAAAGUGCGCAUAAUACUCUGUUUACCCCAGUGUCGAUACAUGGUGUUAGUCAACCGUAAGACUCCCAUCUAACCAUAACCGCACACAAAGUUGUGAAAAGCGCCAUCUUUCGAUACUCCACGGAAUUUGUAUCGAUUGCUUCCUGCAUUAAGACACAUUAACAUCAUGCCUGCAUCUAAGUGUGGUGGUUGCGAGAAAUACAUGUCGCCGAUAGAUGCCGCUACAUGCAGCAAGUGCGGUCGCUUACACCAUCGAGCUUGCGUCGGUCUGCCUGCACAGGGUUGUAUUGCGCCAGCUUGGUGUUGUCCGGAUUGCCGGAGGAACCAGGUUAGGGACAAUGGGGCGGAGACGCCCGUUAGAGGUAUGGGAAAUUCUGUCCUUCCAAAGCAGCAGAGCCCUGAGGAGUUGAUGGACACCAGCCAGUUAAAUUGUACCACGCUGGAUGCCACUAUAAACUUCUCCCCGGACUUGGCUGAUGAGCUUCGGCUGUUCAAGGAGGAACUUCGUGCAGAGUUUCGCCUCAUGCACAAGGAAUUCCUUAAAUUGCGAACAGAAAUGGCGCAGCUGAAAGACGCCCUAAAUACCUCAUGUGAGCGUAUGGACACGAUUGAGGCGCGAGUAGAAGCUCUCGAGAUAAAACACGAGCAGAAAAUCUUGCCGACACACAACGACCACGUCGAUAACACUAUCGCUGAAUUGAAGUGCCAGCUUAACGAGCGUGAUCAGGAGUUGUUGCUCAACGAUAUUGAGAUCACAGGUAUCCCCGAGUGUAAAGACGAGAGCACCCUUCACCUCGUAAAAGUUAUAGGUGUAAAACUCGGCAUCGCAUUAGACGAGAGGGACCUCGUCCAUGCCGAGCGAGUGGGAGCUACGCACCGCAACCGGGUUGCUGCCUCGGAUACCACUAAUCCUGCUGACCCCGCUACGCAACGGCCGCGGAGUAUAUCGGUGCGCCUGGCAAGGCGCGCAACCCGCGACUCGCUACUGCGUGCGGCCCGAGUGCGCCGUGGCCUGAGUACAGAUGCACUUGAUAUGCCUGGGCCGCCGCACCGUGUUUACAUCAACGAACGCCUCACGCGGGCCAAUCGCCAGCUAUUCUAUCGCGCCCGCCAGGCAGGGAGCUUGCAUAACUGGAAGCACGUGUGGACAAGGGACGGAAAAAUUUUAGCUCGUAAGGAUGAUGGUUUGAGGGUGGAACGUAUUAGACGUGAAGAAGAUGUUGCCAAAAUUUUUGGCUAAAGAACAGUUUGCGGCUUAAAGUGUGCUCAACUCAUACAACAAUUCCUACUGUCUUUUUAUUAUUGUUAUAUUUGUCUUCGUGUUUAUUUGUAUUACUCAAUUCUAUUCGUCUUUUGCAUUCUUGUCUUUCAAGCUUGUCUUACCGCUUAAUAACUAUUGAGAACGAAUGGUGCGCAUUUCCUGCACUAACGAAUGGGAGUCCUCUUGGUUGUGUUGUUAUACACCUGAUUUUGUUUUGCUCUCAGCAACACUGGUCUGGAUUUGGAUUUGUGAGCAGGGAAUAUUACUGGUGCAUCUAUAGCUUACACGCAUCACACACACACAAAAAUGCAGUUAUGGUUUCCUACCCAUCAUUAUACAUUAAACAAACUUACUUAUAUAACUAUAUACUUCUUAUUUAUAUGAAAACUAUUUACCCUUUUACUACAAUAAGUAACACAAAUGAUUUUAAACUCACAAAUGAAAUGAUUUUCAAAUUCAUAAUAUUUACAUUAUUCGUAAUUUCCUAUUUUUACAAUUUUAUUUUACUCAAAUUCGCAUAUUAUUAUUAUUUAUUCGUUUUAAUUUUAUUCCUAAGGAAAUAUUAUUUAUUUAAAUUUAUUGUUAUUUACAGCACCCGUUUACAAUUGUUACGUAGGAUUAAGGUUUAUAUUAUCAUUUUGUUGGUCCCUAUUGACUGUAAAGGCGUUGAUCUAUUUUGUCGGCAUCGGAGUUUUGUUUUUGCAAUUAUAAAACAUUAUAUUAUGUAUGCCCGAUAAAUAUUUAAAAAUUGGUUUGUUAAACGUGGGUUCCCUCGGUACGAAGCACGAUGAUUUUGUAGCAUCAGUGGUAAGUCACUCAUUUGAUAUAGUCGCAGUCAAUGAGACCUGGUUACGGCCGGGGGAGGAGGGUCGCGCGCCCACCGUGCCGGGCUACCGUCUGCGUCACACGCCGCGACCUUUGACUGUGCGUGGAGGUCGUGGCGGUGGUGUGGGUUUUUACCUCAAGCGCGGUCUGACUGUGCGCGCCUGUUCUACACCAACUGACCCUAGAUACGAGUCUAUCGAACAAAUGUGGAUUACCCUUUCUUUGAAUGGAGUCAAACUCGCUAUAGGCACAGCGUAUCGUCCCCCUCGCUCCGGUCUGGACCUCUUCCUAGAUGCCAUUACCGACACCAUCAGUUCACUAGCUAAAUGUGACCACUACGUACUACUUGGCGAUUUUAAUGUUGAUAUGUUGAACACUGGUUGCCAAGCUCGGAGAGUAUGUCAAUUUUUAAAUAGUCUGAGCCUUAAGCAAUUAGUUGACACCCCCACCCAUUUCACGGAUCAUAGUCAAACGCUGAUCGACCUUGUUUGCACUAACAUCAACAACACAUCUGUCUGUGUUGAACCGUUCGGUGUAAUACAUGGUCACUCACUAGUGAUAUGCAAACUUAACAUAAAACGUAUUAAGUACAAACCUCACACGGUGGCCUACAGACCAAUUAAAAAAAUAAAUAGGGAAUUUUUUUAUGACGAUCUGGCGCAUUUAGACUGGCAAAUUGUUCGUGAUUUGCCAAAUGUAAAUGACAUGGUUGACGCACUGAACCGGAAUAUUGUGUCUGUCUUCGAUAAGCAUGCCCCAGUCAAGACUUGCUUGAUUAAAGAUCACUCAUGGCCAUGGAUAACAGAUACAAUAAAGUACAUGAUGCGUUUGCGUAAUGAGGCCCUCGCCAAGUAUCGUACAACAAAGUCGGAAUCAAAGAAGGUAUAUUAUAAACAAUUAAAAUCACUUGUGUCCAGUUCCUUAUUUUAUGAAAAAGUUGCAUAUUUUAAAUUAAACAUAAAUAACAAAAUUAACGAACCUAAAACAUUAUGGAAAAAUUUGAAAAGUACCGUAUUACCACCUAAACCAUUUAAUGACCUUCCAAGUCACUUUAGAGACCCCGAUCAAAUAAAUUCUAAUUUUUUGAAUGUUCCUGGUAAUCCAAAUUCUAACGUAACCGUAUGUACCUUUUUUGAAUCUCACCGCUUUAGUGAUGCGAGUUUCUCACUGCAUCCGGUGACUACCGAUCAAGUUUUGCGAUCAUUUGUUCAAUUGAAAUCGAAUGCAGAAGGUUGUGACGGGAUAACACUUGACAUGCUUACAUUGACAUUUCCACAUACAAUAGAAGUCAUCACAGAUAUUAUUAAUGCGUCGAUUGUCUCUGCAACGUUCCCAGACAUCUGGAAAAUUGCAAGUGUUAGACCCCUCCCAAAAAUAGCCAACCCUACUGAACUCAAAGAUCUCAGGCCCAUAAGCAUAUUACCAUGUUUAUCCAAAAUUGCUGAAAAAGCAAUCUGUCAGCAGUUGUCGCGGUAUUUGGAGGAAAACAAUAUACUUCCGGAGCUGCAGUCAGGAUUCCGCAAGCAACGUGGUACUUCGACCGCUUUGCUGGAUGUGACGGAUAACAUCUUGUCUGCGCAGGACAGGGGCAUGUGCACAAUUCUGGUUUUGCUAGAUUUUUCACGUGCUUUUGACUGCAUAAAUAUUGAGUUGCUUCUCUGUAAGCUUAAGUAUUACGGAUGUGACGACAAUGCUAUAAAAUGGUUUCGGAGCUAUCUGAGCAAUCGGCAGCAACGUGUUGAGGUACGACUGAGCAAUGGGUCAACCUUGACCUCAUCACUAACCCCCGUCAAUAGAGGAGUUCCGCAGGGCUCAAUACUGGGCCCCCUGAUCUUCAUUUUAUAUUGUGCUGACAUCAUAAACUCGCUAAAACGAUGUAGGUAUCACAUUUAUGCUGAUGAUGUGCAAGUUUAUAUCUCGUUUGAUCCUAGUGAACAUCUAAACGCUCUGAGAGACCUGAACGAAGAUCUUAACAGGAUAGCAAAUUGGGCAGAGGACAACGGCUUGGUACUUAACCCUACUAAAACUAAAUACAUGUUAUUUGGAACAAAAUGUCAAAUAAGUGUCUUGCCGUCAACAUUAAACGUUGUCCUGAUGGGUGAGUCGGUUGACCGAGUUAAUGAAGCACGUAAUUUGGGUCUGACCAUGGAUGCAGAGUUGAGGUAUGAGGCGCAUGUGGCGGGGUCGGUGCGCACGUGUUUCUACCGGCUUAAGGUCCUUUAUAAAAUAAGGCCUUAUUUGUCGGAGGAACUGCGUGUGCGGCUGGUUGAGUCACUUGUGCUUUCUAAUCUUAGCUAUGCUGAUACAGUUUAUGGUCCACGAUUGCUAGCACGAACGGAACGCCUGAUCCAGAGAGUGCAAAACGCCUGCGCCAGAUUCUGCUUCAAAAUACCACCAAGAAGUCACGUCACUCCCUUUAUCAACCAACACUCCAUCCUUAAGAUGAAAUCACGCCGCAAGUUGCACUUGGCUUGCCUACUCUUCGGAGUUAUAAAGUACAAAGAACCGUCCUACUUGUACAAUAAACUCAGCUGGAUUGGUAGUAACAGACAACGCUCAGUAAGACAAUGCUCACAGCAACUUUCCACGGAACCGCACAGUACUGCGGCCUUCAGAGGCAGUUUUAGGUACGCAGCUACUAAAUGUUGGAACAAUAUUCCCCCGCCAAUAAGAAAUAUCAAAACUCUUGGUACUUUUAGAAUACACCUUCGAAAAUUCCUAAUUGAUUCACAAAAAGAACUUGGUAUGACGAUCUCAAACACGUCCAUAAUAUA